CAAUGUGUCAUCUGUCAAGUAAAAAAAUUAAAAAUUAAUCUUCAAGCUGAAAUUGCACGUAUUAAUAUUUUCAUUGUAAUUUAUAUUAAGUAAUUCAUAGUUGUUUAAUAGUUUUGAAACUUCGACAGUGCUUGCUUGAAAGCCGAAGUUAAAAAUGGCUUCCACAAGCACAGAUUCGCAGGCCACUAUAGCCCAGAAAACAUGGGUGAUGGCCAACAACAUAGAAACGCUAGCGAGCGUGGAUGAUAUUUACCGCUACGACAAAAAACAACAACAAGACAUCCUAGCGGCCAAACCAUGGGAGAAAGACCCUCAUUUCUUCAAAGACAUCAAAAUUUCAGCACUUGCAUUGUUAAAAAUGGUUAUGCAUGCAAGAUCUGGAGGAACCCUGGAAGUCAUGGGUCUUCUGUUAGGCAAGGUGGAUGCUAACACAAUGCUGGUGAUGGACUCAUUUGCUCUGCCGGUGGAGGGCACCGAGACUCGAGUGAAUGCUCAGGCUCAGGCCUAUGAGUACAUGACUGCUUACAUAGAGGCUGCUAAACAGGUUGGCAGACAUGAAAACGCCAUAGGAUGGUACCACAGCCAUCCUGGGUAUGGCUGCUGGCUAUCAGGCAUUGAUGUCUCCACUCAGAUGCUCAACCAGAACUUCCAGGAACCCUUUGUGGCCAUUGUCAUUGACCCGGUCAGAACCAUAUCAGCUGGGAAAGUGUGUUUGGGAGCUUUUAGAACUUAUCCUAAGGGCUACAAACCAGCCAAUGAAGAGCCCUCAGAAUACCAAACCAUACCGCUAAAUAAGAUUGAAGACUUUGGUGUGCACUGUAAACAGUACUAUUCCCUGGAGGUGUCAUACUUCAAAUCAUCGCUAGAUCGGAGACUGCUGGACUCACUGUGGAACAAGUACUGGGUGAACACGCUUUCCAGCUCGAGUCUCAUCACCAAUGCUGAUUACACUACCGGCCAGAUAUUCGAUCUCUCCGACAAGUUGGAACAGAGCGAAGUGUGCUUAGGUGAGCAAAGGGCGUUUAUUAAGGAAGUCAGAAAUAUUUUGCACGGGCGCGGUGGUUUCGUAGUGGCGGGCACGGACCACCAUGAGAAGCGCACAGAGGACAAACUGGGGAAGGCCACCAAGGACGCGUGCAAGACCACCAUAGAAGUCAUCCACGGACUUAUGGCGCAGAUGAUCAAGGACAGGCUCUUCAACAGCGUCAGCGGCCGGCCAUCGCCCUGCGCGCCCAUGAUUGAGUGAAUUUACUGAAAUAACAUAUACUUGAUAUCACACCACACAUGAUUUUUUCAAGUCGGUAAUUGAACCUGGGACUUGUCAUUUGCGGACUUAGUGGAUGAAUAUGUAGAAGAGAUCAAUUGAUUUGAGCUAACAUGCGUAGUGGUGGGGGUAUUUAUGUGUUUAUAAAUAAUUAAUCGAUAAUAUCGAAUUACAUAAAUAUUGAUAUGUUUAAAUCACCAGAAAGUGUUUGAAGAUAUUUUUUGGCAGUCAAAAUUUGUUUUGAAUUACCAGUUUCUGUACCUACUGAUGUAUCCUAUACUUAUUAAAUAAAAAAUGUGUAAAACGGU